UUUGUCUGCAAUGACAUCAAAUCGAGUGGAGAAGAAGAACUUAACCGAAGCAAUUACGAAUUUGAAGAGUGAAAGAGUCAACGAACUUAACCGAAGUAAAAGAUAUAUAUCACAAAAGAAGAAGACUCACCAAACAAGUAAGAAGUAGUGAGAACCUCUUCCUCUUCCUCUUCUGCAUCGAUAAUGGGGGUUUCAAGGCUCCAUCUACUCUUUCUUCUCGCAGUCUUUCUCUCCCUUCAUCGUCCUGUUCUUUCCGAUAACGAUGAAGAAGAUCUUCUUCUUGAACUAUUCAACGUAUACAGAAAAUCAAUAAAACUAAAAACGUUAACAAAGAACGAAAACGCAGAGUGUUUCGCAGACGAAGUCGCAGGCCAAUUCAAGAACCAACGCUGCAAAAACGUCACUGGCUCAGCUUUAGUCCCUGAAACAGAUCCUAGGAUCCAAAAUCUCCCUAAACUCCUCACUAAAUGCCGCCUCAACACAACCGUAAUCAGAGACGGUGCGGUAAUGCAAGUUUGUGUUCCUAAGCAUGAUCAGAACCCUAACUUGACCGAUUUCAGCCUUGCCGUACUCAAGAACUUGAAUGAUUCUAAGUUCACUGGAGUUGGUAUCGGUUCUGAAAGUGAUGGUGAGUGGGUUGUUGUCGUCCUCACUACAAACACACUCGAGGGUGGCUAUGCUAUCUCAGGAGCCUUUGCAUUCGGAGUUAAUGGCGUUGUUGUUUCUUCAACUUUCUUGUUUCUUCUCUUUUGUUUCUUCAUGUUUUGAGUCUGUUUUUUUUUUUUUUUUAUGUCACCUCGUUUUCUUUGUUUCUUAAUAUGGUAAGAAUUUGAUAAAUUCUUACGGCAUUAAAUAAUAGAUUGGAGCAAAUCGCCUUUCUCAUAGUUUCCUCUUACCCGAUUGUGAUUGACUAAAUUAAUAAACUCCUUUUUAUAACCUCUAA